AGGCCAGUCUUGGCGAUGAAAGUAGACGCUGAUAUGGCAUUGAGCAUUUAUACAUACACCUCCACCUUCAUAUGUAAAGGUGGCAUCCAGGUACUCAUCCGGGUGGUCAUAAGCUCAUUCCUUAUGAUACUUGGUCUGAUCAUCAUGAGGAAACCUCUUCAGCAUCUCCUACCUAUCCUGCGUGUAGGCAGUACGAUUUUCAUGUUAUGGAGAGGGUUAUCAGUCUACACCAACUCACCCUGCCCUAUUCAUGUUGUCGUGUCGGAUUCCAUGGCGCCGGCUUGGUGAUAUUAUCAUCAUAUCCAACGUGAAGAAUGAAAUACAGAUAGGAGACAUCCCCGUCAUCUGGUUUCAUAACGCGCCGUUGCCAAUGGUUCAUAGAGCAAUCAAGGUCAUAAAGGAACCAAGACCAGGAAAUAUAGAGACUGAGCAAUUAAUCUUAACCAAGGGAGAUAAUAAUGAGAUGGAUGAUGUUGCGCUCUAUCCCGGCAAACGGAGGUAUGUCUAUAGGGAUGAGAUAAUUGGGGUUGUUCGAGGCUACAUCCCCUACUUGGGAUGGAUAACCAUAUGCUUGAACGAGACGCCGUACUUGAAGAUUGGGCUGCUUGCCGGUCUGGUUUUCAUUAGUGUAUUCACAUAAACUAGCAACUAAGGAACUGGUACAUAGAUUUGAGCAUAAGGCC